AUGUCAUGUAAAAUGAUAUUCUGGCCGAUUUGUUUCUAUUUAUUUGUGCUACUAGCACACGGUGAACAAUUUUCAGAUAGCCCGAUUCAGUCAAUAAUCAAUCCAGAUAUUGAGAUUAAAAACUGUACAUUUGGAGAGAUAUGUUCCGGUAGCAUCAACUCAAGCUCAAUACAUUUCUACUCAGUAGAAUAUUCAUUCGAUCCAACAAUGGCUAUUCGUGUAAUUACGAAUAUGACAUAUAAAAUUGAACAAGAAUCUCCAUUACUGAUUGUCGUUCGACAAAUUCGUGGCGUUAUCUCGUGGACAUUACCAUAUACAUUUUCUAAUGGGAUGGUUUAUUCAAGUGCUUCGCGUAUCCUUUGCUUACAAAAUGAGAUUAAUCGUACUCUCCCGCAUACAAGUCGAGUUUUCAUUGAAAUCUCGACAUCAAAUAACGCUUUGAUUGACUAUUCACUUCAAUUGGAAAAUAUCACUGACUUUUUACUUGAAACCGGUGUUAGUCGACAGUUCUUCGUUUCACCUGCUAUGCCGAUCUAUUACAAAUUUACAUUUCCCCCUGAUAUUCAAAACGUCUUCAUCGAUGUUCGUUCAACUGACCAAUUAUGUACCGUUGUUUCUGUGCAAUCAUUCGAUUGUCCAGUAUACGAUGUGAGUGAAAUCGGUACACGACAAGGACACUACCAAACGAUGGCAUCGAUUUCAUCAUUUAAUGUUUAUGCAAGUGAAUUCCCGAAGCGGAAUACAUUUCUUCUCGUAUUUCUGGUUAAACCAACAGACGCCGAUUGUUUAAACGAUCAAGAACAAACGGCUAUUCGACCAUCAGGUAUUGUUGAUGUUCAACGACGAAAAAAUGCAACAGUGACAAUUCAACCACCAACAAACUAUAAUUUUCUUUAUAUUGCAAUAUUUACUACCAUCGGCAUGUUUCUAAUGAUCUACUUUCUUGCUUUUGCAAUUAUGUGUAAACACCCGGAUAUUUACGAUCAUCUUGCUCCAGAACAUUUACCUUUAUUGGAAGCAAGAACGGAGCGCGAGAUAUCAGAACGGGAAGAUAAUCAACAAGGUUACCAAACAUUUGAGGGCGAAGAGAAUGUUGAAUCAACAAGUACAGAUGAAUAUGAAAAUUCCGGUGGAGCUAUCGAAGUGAUCGAAACCUCAAAUGCUGGUUAUGUCACUGUCAGUGAUCUUUGUGUUAAAGAUUAUGAUUAUUUAAAACAAAAAUUUCGUAUUUAUCCUCAAACAAUGCUAACCAUUGCCAUAUUCUAUUCCUUACCGGUUAUACAACUAGUCUUACAGUAUCAACUGAACAUCGAUGCAUCAGGAAAUGAAGAUAUAUGUUACUUUAAUUUCCUAUGCACAAGACAAUUCGCUAUGUUAACAGCGUUUAAUAAUGUCUUUUCGAAUAUUGGCUAUUGUGCACUUGGUGUACUCUUCUUGAUCAUAGUCUAUCGAAGAGAUAUGGCCUAUGCUCGAUUCUUGGCAAGAUAUCCAGCAAUUGGCAAAGAAUACGGUAUUCCCCAACAUUUUGGUUUGUUCUACGCAAUGGGUAUUGGAUUAUUCAUGGAAGGUUUGAUGAGCGGCUGUUACCAUAUUUGCCCAUCGAAACAAAAUUUUCAAUUCGAUACAAGUUUCAUGUUCAUUAUAGCUGUAUUAAACAUAAUCAAAAUUUAUCAAACUAGACAUCCAGAUAUCAAUCCUCGUUCGUCCGGCUCAUUUUCAUUUCUUGCUGUGAUUAUUCUUGUCACUGUCGUCGGAGUAUACUAUGACGAACAAUGGUUUUGGAUUACCUAUGCUUGUAUUCAUAUCUUGUCCUGUGUUGCAUUUACCGGAAAGAUUUACUACAUGGGACGAUUGAAAGUCACUUUUCGCGUACAUAUUCAUUUGUAUCGACUAGUUCGCGAAAAUGGUUUCUUUUCUCGUCCACGUUAUUUAAAUCGUAUGAUGAUCUUAAUUCCAGCCAAUUGUGUAAAUAUCGCAUUUGCUCUCUACGGUGCCAUUGUUCAACCUGAAUCAUUUCCAAAUCAUUUGCUCUUUGUCUUUCUUGGUAAUCUAGCAAUCUAUUUAAUCUACUACAUAUUAAUGAAAAUAAUUCACCGAGAACAUUUUACACGUUUUUCCAUUCUAUUUCUUCUCCUGGCGAUCUUCUUCUGGUCAUCAUCGCUGUACUUUUUCUAUCAAGAAGUGAAAAGUUAUGAAGUUCAACCGGCUAUUUCACGUAUGCGAAAUCGUGCAUGUAUCCUACUGAACACAUACGAUGUUCAUGACAUUUGGCAUAUUUUGUCAUCAUUUAGUUUAUUUUUUUCUUUUCUCACUUUAUUAACACUUGAUGAUGGAAUAAGGAAAACAAGACGAAGAGAACUCGCAGCUUUUUAA